AUAAUGUUCCCAUGAGCACAUGGAUGGGCUCCAUGGUAAUAGAGUGAGCAUGAGCAUGACUAGACACUAAGGGUAGCUUGAUGACUAGAAUCAAAGACACAUGUCUUCCUACGUACAGCACAAAGAUGGGCUCGAAUGUGAAGUUCACUGUAUUUGCGCUACUGACAAUCACACUAUACGGAGGUCUAUCCUUUGCUGUGUGGAAUCUUCAUACCCAAAGUGCGAGUCUAAAGACUGAAGUCACUGAAUUGCGAAGUCUAAAAUCUGAGAAUGCAAACCUACAGAACCAAAUCUCUGAAUUGCGAGGCUUUGUCGGAGCUAAUCCAAACCCCCACUCGAGUGAUGAAACCAUAAUGAUGGACACACUAAAGCGACUAACUCGACAAUCCGGCUCCUCUCAAAGUGCUACUGAUCUACUUGCUGAUGCUCUGGCAGAACUAAUUGAAAACAAACUCUACACUAUAAUGGACUGUGCUAGAAAUGAUGCUGAUAAUUUAACCGACUGUUCGCUCAAGCCAGGCCCAAAGGGAGACAAGGGAUGCCUGGGUGAUCAAGGUAAAGAAGGCCCUAAGGGAAUGAACGGAGAGCCUGGGGUCAAAGGACACAUUGGCUACCCUGGUCAUAAAGGGGAGGUGGGUUCAAUCGGCCCUAUCGGCGAUCCCGGCUCAAUGGGGCACCGAGGGGUUAAAGGAGAUACUGGCGAGAUCGGUCAACGAGGUGAUACAGGGGUUAAAGGCGAGCGAGGAUUUAAAGGACAUUAUGGUUUCCCUGGACACAAAGGCGAGAGUGGCGGGCCAGGUGCCAAGGGGGUUAAAGGAGAUCGAGGCUUUGGAGGCAAUAAUGGACAAAAGGGAGAGAAAGGAAUGACGGGGGUGCCAGGUCCACCGGGACCUAUUGCCGCUACCAUUCCCUCUGAGAGGUGUGGUGGUCCUGGAUGGAGGAAGGUGGCAUUCAUUGAUAUGACUAAUACUAGCCAAGACUGCCCUCAAGGACUAAACCUGACUGGCUACUCAAAACGAUCAUGUGGUCGAACACAUACAAACGAACAGGCUUGUUCAUCAGUCACCUUUCCUGUUGGUGGGGGUCAAUACAGUCGAGUGUGUGGGAGAGCUAAGGCUUAUCACUGGGGUGACCUGGGGUCCUUCUGUGGGUACAAUCGUGACUCACGUGGUAUCAAUGCACAGUACGUUGAUGGACUAAGCUUCACUCAUGGAACACCCAAGACACACAUUUGGACAUAUGCAGCUGGUACAUAUCAAGAACUCGAUAGUUAUACAUUCGCAUACAAUGGAAUCUAUCGCUGUCCUUGUAACCCAGGCAACACCUACGGCUCCCCUCCUUUUGUUGGUAAUGACUAUUUCUGUGAGAGUGGCGUAAGCUCUUAUUCAGCACGUGAAUUAAACAUACUUUACACUGAUGAUCCACUCUGGGAUGGUCAGGGGUGUAUCCAUGGCAACCCUUGCUGUUCGUUGAACAACCCCCCGUGGUUUAAGAAAACACUACCAACCCUCACAACUGAUGAUAUUGAAAUGAGAGUAUGUUUGACUAAUGGUGCAGGAGCUGCUAAUAUUGCUCUUGAACAAAUGGAACUAUACGUCUACUGAUGAACUGAACAUUGAUCUGACUCUGUUAGCUACUGAAUAUCCUAGUGGCAGUUAUAGAUAUUAGCGUAUCACUACAAUGUUUUGCAAGUGAAACAUCGUUGCAAAAUGACCUGAAAUG